AGCUUCACUUUGUUUCUAUGGCGGCCGGAUCUGAGAGCUGCUGUCACUCACGGUGUCUGUGUCGACAGUAAAUAAAACAUAAAAACAGUCAUUUACACUGAUUUCACUCCGUCUAGCACAAGAUCAAUAUUGAGUCUCGGGCUUCAGCAGUUUUGGAGCGCCAGGUGAGGGUCUUUAAUGCUGAAAUAAAGCAUCUCCUGAAAGUGACCGGCAGUGCGCUCAUGGCGUCUCUGUCAGAGGAGGUGUUGUUGGUGGUGAAGAGGGUCCGUCAGAGGAAGCAGGAUGGAACUCUAUAUCUGAUGGCUGAGCGGAUCGCCUGGGGUCCGGAGGGGAAGGACCGCUUCCCUGUCAGCCAUCUGUACGCUGACAUCCGCUGUCAGAAGAUCAGUCCCGACGGCAAAGCAAAGAUCCAGCUUCAGUUGGUUCUGCACACGGGCGAAAGCAGCACUUUUCAUUUUGCCAAUGAGAGCACGGCACUGAAGGACAGAGACGCCACCAAAGAACUCCUACAGCAACUCCUGCCCAGGUUCAAGAAGAAAGCCAACAAAGAGCUGGAGGAGAAGAAUAGGAUGCUGCAGGAAGACCCCGUUCUGUUUCAGCUCUACAAGGAUUUGGUGGUGAGUCAGGUGAUCAGCGCUGAGGAGUUCUGGGCCAAUCGGCUGAGCUUGAGUUCUGUAGAGCACUCUCUUUCCAACGACAGCAAACAGGAAGUGGGCAUCUCUGCUGCCUUCCUGGCCGACAUCAGACCGCAGACAGACGGCUGCAACGGUCUGCGCUACAACCUGACGUCUGACAUCAUCGAGUCGAUCUUUAGAACCUAUCCUACCGUGAAGCAGAAAUACGCCGAGAACGUUCCGCACAACCUGACCGAGAAAGAGUUCUGGACACACUUCUUUCAGUCUCAUUACUUCCACAGAGAUCGACUCAACACGGGCCAGCAGGACAUCUUCUCCGAGUGUGCCAAACAGGAUGAGAAAGGUCUGAAGUCGAUGGUGACUCAGGGUGUGAAGAACCCCAUGGUGGAUCUGCUCGCUCUGGAGGAUAAAACAUUAGAUGAGGGCUACGGCACAGCGGCGGCUCCCUCCACCUCAAACGUGACCAAAACACUGAGAGAAAACAGCAACUGUGCCAUUAUCAAACGCUUCAAUCAUCACAGUGCCAUGGUGCUCGCCGCCGGCCUGCGCAGAGCGGAACCCUGCAGUGAUCAGACCAGUGAAACCAGCAGCACUGAUGGAAACUCCAGAGACUCAGAUUUCUUCCAGCCUCCUCUGAAAAAGGUGAAAUUACAGGAAGCCAUCGAAUAUGAUGAUCUGCAGAGUGACUGCCGCCGCAAACCCAUUUCUCUGAACCUGAAGAAAUCUGACAGAUAUUCUCACGGUCCGGUUCCUCUGCAGUCACAGCCGUACACCAGCAGUCAGGACAUCUUAAACUCCAUCGCUGUCAUCCAGCAAGAGAUGAAGAGUUAUAAACCCCGCCUGACUCAGGUGAUGUCCAGCAGUGCGGCGAGCUCGGCCAUCACGUCUCUCUCUCCUGGAGGCGUUCUGAUGCAGGGGGGAAGUCAACAGACUGUUAACCAGUUAGUGCCCAGUGACCUUCAGAGCGAGCUGAAGCAUCUGUAUACAGCGGCUGGAGAACUCCUCCGACACUUCUGGACAUGUUUCCCUGUGAACACUCUGUUCCUGGAGGAAAAGGUUGUUAAGAUGCAAUCCAACCUGGAACGAUUUCAGUUGACUAAACUCCGCCCCUUUCAAGAGAAGAUCCAACGGCAGUAUUUGAGCGCUAAUCUCACGGCUCAUCUGGAGGAAAUGCUUCAGGCUGCGUACAGUAAAUUCCAAGCCUGGCAAAGCCGUCGAAUGAUGAGGAAGACCUGAGAAGAUCCAGAGAAAGUGUUUGCUUUGAAAGAGAGAAAAGACUCUAGCUCAAAUCACAACAAAAGGGAGAGGAGGAAACACACGCUCUCCCGGCCUGGGCCCACUCGGGUCAGUGCUGGUGGGCGUGUCUGCCUGGGGGAGGGGCUUGGUCACACUGUCAUCGUCCAUGUGGAGAUGGACAUCUGCAGUCACAAAUAACUGUUUUCUUCUCUGUUUCUAUUUUGUUGGUUCACUUCGGUUUCGUUCCGUUCUGUUUCCCUUUAUUUCAGUGGAUAAUUUAAUGUCCGUGGUAAGAUGUGACAUUUUAACAGUCUUGUAUUUCUACAAUGACCAAACUGGGCGUAAUAAACCAGUGGAAGGUUUCUCAGGAACUUAUAACGUUUAAUGCGAAGGACUGUUUGAGCGAGAAGUUUAAGUGGAUGACUGCAAUCCAGUUCAACUCUCCCGAGACACGAGUCAGUUGUUCAAGACAAGCUGACGGGAGGAAAUAAAGCAAUACUGUAAAUGAAUAUAAAUCCUCUGUAACGCAUUAACUGAUCUGUGUGACAGCACUGCGUGUUAAUGCUUCUGCAGCUGCACUGAGUCGUGGAUGUCAUUUCAAAUAAAGUCAUCAAACUGUUA